CCGGUCCUCCUGGCCCGGCUGCAGUGGAUGUUGCUAGAACCCACGCGGAGGAAGGAAGAGACGCAGGCAGGCUGCGGUGACCCAAGCGGCCGCCCGUGCCUCAGGGACCCCUUCCCGGAGAGACGGCACCAUGACACAGGGAAAGCUCUCUGUGGCUAACAAGGCCCCCGGGACAGAGGGGCAGCAGCAGGCGAAUGGUGAGAAGAAGGAGGCUCCAGCAGUGCCUUCGGCCCCGCCCUCCUAUGAGGAGGCCACCUCUGGGGAGGGGCUGAAGGCAGGAGUCUUUCCACCAGCCCCCUCGGCUGUGCCUCUCCACCCCAGCUGGGCCUAUGUGGACCCUAGCAGCAGCUCUAGCUAUGAGAGUGGUUUCCCCACUGGCGACCACGAGCUCUUCACCACCUUCAGUUGGGACGACCAGAACGUUCGCAGAGUCUUCAUCAGAAAGGUCUAUACCAUUCUGCUGAUCCAGCUGCUGGUGACCUUGGGUGUCGUGGCUCUCUUUACCUUCUGUGACCCCGUUAAGGACUAUGUCCAGGCCAACCCAGGCUGGUACUGGGCAUCCUACGCCGUCUUCUUCGCGACCUACCUGACCCUGGCCUGCUGUUCUGGACCAAGGAGGCAUUUCCCCUGGAACCUGAUCCUCCUGACCAUCUUUACCCUGUCCAUGGCCUACCUCACUGGGAUGUUGUCCAGCUACUACAACACCACAUCUGUGCUGCUGUGCCUGGGCAUCACGGCCCUCGUCUGCCUCUCGGUCACCGUCUUUAGCUUCCAGACCAAGUUUGACUUCACGUCCUGCCAAGGUGUGCUCUUCGUGCUGCUCAUGACUCUCUUCUUCAGUGGACUCAUCCUGGCCAUCCUCCUGCCCUUCCAAUAUGUGCCCUGGCUCCAUGCAGUGUAUGCCGUGCUGGGAGCAGGCGUGUUUACGUUGCUUCUAGAUGGGUCCAUGAAGUCUCUGAGAAGCAGAGGCCCCUUCCACCCUACCCUUGACUCACAUUGAAUUGAGACAUGAGGGAGAAAUAAACCUUUAUCGUGGAGUCAUGCUUCAGUCCUUGGAAGAAGUUCAGCAAAUCGCUGGCCUCAUGAAGCUGGAGGCCCCUUGAAGAUGGCUGGCCAGGUGGGGAGAGGUCAGCACAACUCUGCAGACCCCUGGCUGACGCUGCUGGAUAUUCUGGCCCAUCCCGGCUGCUGACUUGAACCUGCUACCUAGGCCGAUGCCAUGCCCCAUCCUGCCACCUCGGCGCAGUUUCUUACCAGCUCAGUUUUUUUUCUUAUCUCUGGCUCAGCCCACAUUUUGCCUAGUUCCACUCCACCAGGUCUCUUUCAGUUCAGUUCCCUUCUUUCUUCCUUUUCAGUUUUCCCAAAUCAGACCUGGCUUUAGUUGCCUACUUGCAUCCUGUAUGGAGUUCGGGUUUUUUAAAAAAUUUUAUUUCAUUGCAACAAGAAUACUUAACAUGAGAUCUACCCUCUUAACCAGUUUUUUUUUUUUUUUUUU